CAGGCGCACCCGCGCAAGUAAAAACUGGUAUCUUGCUCACGGCACGACAAAGGGACAAAGAAACUUCACAAAACUAGUCUAGACUACCGCGGUGUUCUCGCGUUCAGACAGGCAUCUGAUGUCGGAUCGUGUCACUAGAAAGAGAGCGAGGACGGACGCUGGGGAAGACGAUCCAAUCGCAAACGAUCCGCCAAGGCAACGCGAUGAAGAAUUCUGGUACGAAGACGGAACCAUAAUCCUCAUCGCAGGAAAUGUGGAGUUUCGCAUCUACAAAGGCAUUUUGGCCGAACACUCCCCCGUCUUCAAGGACAUGUUCUCUUUGCCGCAACCGCCGCAGGCCGCACCUGACGAUCUGCCCUGCCACGUCGUCCACGUCUCCGACUCGCCUGAGGACUUGCGGCACGUCCUGCGCAUCUACAUGGCGAAGACCGACCCCAACCCGUUCACGCGGGACGAACCCACGUUCGACGCGAUUUCAGCGACGAUCCGGCUUGGACACAAAUACCAGAUCGAACGCCUCGUCGGCCACUCCAUUGAGUAUCUCAAGCAAUACUUCACGGAAGACCUGGACACGUGGUCGGAGAACGACGGGCAAGGCCCACCCGGAUUCACAACGCCCCAGGCCAUCGGCCUCGUCAACCUCGCCCGCUUGACUGGCGAAACGUCGCUGCUGCGCACCGCCUACCUCACGUGCUGCAAGCUCGGCGCGAACAUAGUCGACGGCCUAGUGCGCGAGGACGGCACGCGCGAGCACCUCUCGAUGGAGGACCUCGGCCUGUGCUUCGCUGCGAAGAGCAGGCUCACCCAGGAGGCCCUCGCCAAUGUAAUCUACAUUUUCGCGCCGCCCGUUUCCCCAACUUGCACGAACCCCACCAUGUGCGGGGCCCAGCUGGCGCUGCUCACGAAGUGCGCCGGCACAAUUUUUGCGGAACCUCUCGCGCUCAUCGGCCCGUUCGUGUCCAUCAGGAAGAUAAUGUGGGCUGCCGCCGAGAGGGAUCCUAUCCUCUGCCGACACUGCUGGACGCUACUCAAUCGCCGCGACGUGGAGCGGCGGACUGGGCUUUGGAAGCAGCUUCCCAAUAUCUUCGGCCUGAUCGAUGGCCCUUCCAAUGAAGGUGGAGACGGCGCCGGCGAAUCCGAUGGGGUGGCCCAGUAAUGUACGUUCCAACUCUUCAGUCAAUCCUCAGAUACACUGCUUCCACUCAUAACCCCCUUUCUCUCAGUACCUCGUUCGUAUAGUAAUAACAUAUAUCAUGCCGUGGAACAUGCGCCUGUCGCGUAGAAUCUUGGGACAGGACCCUCUGAGAUUCAAACAUCUCAACAUACUAGACCAUCUGCCCGAUGAGGGCCUCGUAUGGCAUGUUGACACGGUACGCUCGCGCCUGUACGCUUCUUCCACAAAACGCUAUACCAUGCUUCCC